GACCUUCCGGGUGCAGUCGAUGGGGCAGUGAGGGAGACCAGGAGCGACAGCGCCGAUGAAGCGCAGGUCACAUAUCCGCCCUCGCCGCCUUCUCCGGCAUCACCAGCUCCGUGGGACGAGGACACGAUGAUCAUACACCAUGUGCUCCCAGGCGUCGCUGGAACUAGUGGUCCAGCUGCUGCCAGCCUCGACAGUGUCGCAGAGCAGGUGCAGGAGCUGGACGAGGUGCCUGGCGAAGUUCCCGAAACCAGAGGGAUGGGUGGAAGAAGCAUGUCAGGAAGCAGUGUUCGCUUCCAGCAAGAGCCAGAUGUAGUGCACUUCGACACAGACUCACCUGCCAGAGAAGAUCGUUUGGCCAUUGCUGCUCCCGAAGCCGUGGCAGCCCCGCCUGUGACAGCCGUGACACCACCUGCAGCUGAAGCAGAAGCGCAGGUGCCGGAGGCAUCGAUUGAGCCUGCAGCUAAAGCAGAAGCGCAGGAUCCGGAGGCCACGGUUGAGCCUGCAGCCGAAGCAGAAGCACAAGAUCCGGAGACCGUGAUUGAGCCUGAACCGGCCCAACUCCUUGUGCCAGAGCCAGGCAUCACAGACACUCCACAGCCUUUGGCAGACGCCGCUCGGGAAAAGGUGGCUGCAAAUCUUCCGGCCGCAGAAGGCACCGACACACCUCCGAAAAUGGAGGUUGAAGUUGUGGAGACACAGCCUUCUGCCAAAGAGGCUGCCGGCCUGAUGAGAGAAGCGCCCAAAGAGGCUGGGGAUGCAGAGGCUGAGAUCGCCAAACCCAGCCUUGCAGCAGCCGCGGGGCUGGCGACUGCAAAGACCCCGAAAGCCGAAGGCGAGAAGCCAAUUUCUGGCAAAGCGCCGAAAGCAGGCAUGACAGCACAGACCGUGCACUCCGCAGCGAAGCGGCGGCCGGCUCCCAAGGCAGCAUCUGUGCCCAAAACAGCGCCACACCCGAAGAAGGAGGUGGCUGCAAAGCCAACGCCACCGGCGCCGAAAGCAGCGCCGCCCGCGGCGAAGGCCACGCAGUCCACCGGAAAGGCAGCUUCAGCCAAGCCCAAAGCGGCACA